UCGUCGCAGGUAGACGUGUUUUUUGCUGCUGCUGCUGCGCAAUCGGUCACGGCACUUUUAUCAGUCCGGAAUUCCGACCUGAGCUUGUUUGUGGCCUUUUUUUUCGCGGUUGUGUUGUGGAUAUUCGCGCGAAAGAAACACUCGGAUUUUCGCAAGUUUUAUCUAAAUUAUGAUAAUUACGUAGCGGCGGUUUGUGGGGUGUUGUUAUUUACGUACUGCUGCUUGUACGGUUAAUUAAUUUAUCUUGGGGAGGACACGACGGUGCAGGACACUCUGAGCUUUUUGGGUUUUUGGAGGCUGUUGAACCCUUGGAGCAGAACAUGUUGGCGCGAUCGUAACCGUAUGCAAAUAGUGAUCGCGUACGAAGGAGUGGCUCGUGUGUGUUCCAUGAAAAGGGAGUGUGAUUGCGUAAAUAUUUGAGCCGCAAAUUUACAUAAAAACCAGCGUAUGAUAAAAUAAAUUUGACGAAACAGUUCACACUGGGGCGGCUGCUGUGGAACCCCCGAUAUAUCCAGUUUGCGUUUGCUGUGCAAAUAGAGGAAUUGCGGAGUUUGCGGGUGAAGUGAAUAACCGUCCGCGCGUCUGUUUACGCAUCGGAAUCGAUCGCGCGCGCUCGUAGAAAUUGUGUGCAGAAUCGGUGUGGAUCAAUAGACGCGGCGAGGUGCGGUCCGAAGAAAACGCAAAUUUUACCGUGAUUUAUUUAUGAAAGCAGAACGUGUAGAACGUGAUCAGCUCGAUAUGUUGCGCGAUACAGCGCUGCGGUGGUAAAAUAAGCAAAAUUUGGCCAACAGGUGGUUUGGUGUACUAUUGUGCAAGCGAGAAAUCAGUGUUUUUCGAAAGGAAGAAGUCAAGUGCGGAGAAAUACUUUUGCGCGGCAGACGUCGAAAAAUGUUGUUUUUCGAGUAAACACUGUUGCGUGGAGGGGACCCCAAAGGGAACAGAUGAAUUACAACAAAUAAUCGCAUAACAAGGUCUACCGAGAAGAACCCGCAGAACCACAGAGAGAGAGAGAAGAUCGACUUAAAAGAAACGAGAAAAUUAUUAACGAAGACGCGAAGGGCACAGCACAGCAAGGGAAAGAAGGCUUCACGUUUUUCACGAGCGAGAAGAAGGCACUGUUAUAGAGAGACGGAGCUCCUCUGCGGAGGAUGAAUGUUAUUAUUUUUAUGAGAUGAGCGCUGUGAUGCUGCUGGAUUCGUUGUCGAUCGGUCGGAUGUUGUUGGGGCGAUCGUCGUCGUCGUCGCCGGCGUGGUGGAAUGUGUAGCGGGAUCGCGGUGCCUCUCUCGCGUCUCGGCUGAGUCUGAGCUGGAGAUCUGAUGUUGUGUGUGGAAAUGAUGCAAAAGAAUAACCAUACCGCCAUAUACGACCAGUGAAGAGAGGAAUACAAGGAAGGAAGGAAGGAAAAAAACUUUGACAGAGAUCUGCGCGCGUAACGACGGUGCGGAGAAAAGUGUGAAUAUAAAAGCUUUUAAAUAAGAUUAGAAUUCAAUUAAGGCUUUUUAUGGUGACUGUAAAGUACUAAUAACUGAACGUCGAGGGAUUAUUGCCAGCUGCCUCUGGAUACAGAUAAUAUUGCGCCCAGAGUAUAAUCAACCGGCCUGAAGAUGGCUACAAGACUGCUUCUCAAGCUAACCCUGCUGCUCAGCUGUAGUGUUGCGCUAGGGUCGUCGGAUUUCGCGACCCAGCGCACCUGUGAGCCCAUUCGGAUAGAGCUGUGCCGUGGCAUAGGGUACAACGAGACUUCCCUUCCGAACCUCGUCGGUCACGAGCUGCAAACGGAUGCGGAUUUCACGCUGCAAACGUUCUCCCCACUUAUCCAAUACGGUUGUAGCAAACAGCUCAAGUUCUUCCUGUGUGCGGCGUACGUCCCGAUGUGCACCCCGAAGGUUUCGAUGCCCAUUGGACCGUGUCGGGGGUUGUGUCUCACCGUGAAAACGCUCUGUCAUCCCAUUCUACAGGGAUUUGGCUUCCCGUGGCCGUCCGCACUGGACUGCAACCGGUUCCCAGAGGAGAACAACCACGAGCACAUGUGCAUGCAAGGCCCCGGCGAACCCACCGAUGGAGUCAUAAUGAUUUCCAAGAAUGACCGACCGACCUGCCAGGGGUUGGUCAAGUCGCAUCUGUACGUGCGGUUGAAUCGGUCCGGCCGGUGUGCGCCCCUCUGCGAAGCGGACAUCAUGUUCGAACAGAACGAGAAACACUUUGCGGAAGUUUGGCUCACGUCGUGGAGUGUGGCGGCGCUUUUCACGGCCAUUGUGGCCACCCUCUGUCUGAUCCUGUCCACCAAGCGCUGGGACAAGAUCCUGAUGCCGCUGGUCAUCAGCCACUGUUUGGUCACGGUCGGGUGGGCCGUGCGCUGGCUGGCCGGCCGCAAUGCAACGGCUUGCGGUUACGAUAUACAGCUUCCGGGCGUUUCGCUGCUGCUGACGGACGGCCUCAUGACGGCACCAUGUGCGGCCACAUUCCUGUUGCGGUACUACUUUGGCAUGACGGCAGCUGUUUGGUGGGCGAUCCUCUGCUUGCGGUGGAGCAAAUCCGUGCGCCGACUGUUGAACACCGAGCUGAACGGUGAUCCGCACGCGGAAAAGUCGGAAUCGUCGUGCAACACGCUGUUUCAGCUGGCGGCUUGGGGACUGCCGGCGCUGCAAACCGUUGUGGUGUUGGUAGUACGGCUAGUGGACGCCGAUGAGCUGUUUGGAUCCUGCUUCAUCGGCAACCAAUCGGACCGCGCCCUGCUCGGCUUCGUGGUCGUCCCCCUACUAACCUACUGGGUCAUCGGCUCGGGCUACCUGUUCACGGCGUACCUCCGCAAGCGCUCCUCGUCGGCCCUGCUCGUCAACAACCUGCCGGUCCACAUCAACGGCAUGGGCAAGUUCCUGUUCAUCUACUCGGUGCCCAGCUUCCUGCUGCUGGUGAUCAUGUUCUACGAGUUCGCCUAUCGGGAGAAUUGGCUGAACGUGCCGCAUCCCUCGCUGGAGCUGGCAUCUUCCGGCAAGGCACCGAUUUGGCCGUUUAUUCUGCGCGCCGUCAUCGAGCUGCUGGUGGGCGUGCUCGCUUCGGCGUGGGCCGUCGGUCCCCGGAUAGCCGGGCUGUGCCGCAGCAAGAUCAACAACCAGGUGUACAAGGCGCCGAACGCCGCCAACUGCAAGUUCAGCGGCUCGCCGUACUCGGCCGCCUCGUACCAGAUGGUGUGCCCGCAGAACUCGCUCGUGUCGGUGUCGAUCGGGAAGGUUCCGCCGCGGCACGCCCGCAAGUACCCGUCGCACUCGCACAUCAACCGGAAGCCGCGCACCUACAAGGCGUCCUCGCAAACGAUGAGCCUGACGGGGAACGAGACGGUGCUUUGAGGGGGUUCAGGCUGUUAAAGGUUGUGUAAAUUGUCGAAGGAAAGGGAGCCAAAACAGGGAAUCGAUGAAAGCACGGUCCGCGUUGACGUGCAAUGUGAUAUUAAGUUUAAGGCAAAAAUCAAGUUUAAAUUAUUUUAUUUGGAUAUUUUAUGUGUUUUUUCUUCGUGGAUCGUGUCGCUGUACAUAACAGCAGUGGAUGUAGGCUAGCCCGAAACGACGAUGUAUUUCGUGAGGGGUGUAACGAAGUGGUUACCCCUGGCCGAUGAUUGAUACUUAAGGAAAGUUUAAUUAUACGUUGCUGGAAAAGGAUACACAACAACUUGCAGAGCGACGAAACGACGCGUCUCGUGAGCUUUUUUUUAAGAUGAGAAGAAGAACUCCAGAAAACAAGGUCUUAACCGCGGUAACGGAAUGAAUAAUUUACAUGCCGAGUGGUAUCUCUCCCUCCAAAUUGACCAGGACGGACAAGGAUGACGUGAAGACAAGUCGUCAACCGGUCGUUGUGCGGGUCGUAAAUUGGCCAUGGCGUGAGGAGCUGUUAAACGACUCGAUGGUGGAGAAAAUUUUCGGCGAUCGCAAGUAAAUUCCGCGACGUCGUAUAGUUUCGUGGAGACGAGAUCCCAAUUGUUUCAUGAUCCGCUCAAUAAGGUACUUCGGGUACCUUACCGGCCAUAACUUGCGCGAUGGUGGCGGCGGCGUCGGCGAUCGCGUCGAACCGAUUACGCCAAAAAUGGUGUGGAAGAAGAGAUGAGAAAGCUUGUAAAAGCAAGAUAAAAUAAGAAAUAUACGGCACCUCGUCGGUCACUUCGGCCUGGCCAUUUCUGCGUGUGUGAUGGGUGUCUCGUUUGAGGCCAGUAUUGGCAGCAGCGUGUUGAAAGCCCCUUCUGCGCGCGUUGGGAGACGCGCAUUUCUCGAAUAUAAUCGAUUUUUGAUUGGAUUUUUGCGCUCCUCUCUUCGACGGGUGCGAGCGAGCGAGCGAUGUGACGGAACCAUAACAAUAAUUUAUGAUUAAAAUUUUUACGAUAAUGUUGGUAAAUAAAUAAAUAAAACUUUAACUACGCUGAACGGUGGCGGCGGCGGUGGAGGCGACGAGUUGGUUUUGGGAGGGCUUCGGGGAGUGCACAUGUGCAACAUAACGAGUAAGCAUAUCGUAAUGAAAGGGUGGGUUGCGCGCGAAAAUGCACACCGCUUUUUGUCGUGGUUGCAUGUAAAAUAAUGCAAAAUUGCAUACGAUCUACAUAUCAAUGACGGUUUUAUUUGCUGAUCUCUUGAAUGUGAGACAUUGUCACCAACACUACCAUAUUUUGGAUC